UAAGCAGAGCAUUUUGUUGCCUGUUUGCUCCGGCAGGCUCUGCUCCUCUGAGAUCGUACCCUCUCCUGUCUGUGAUCACACACCAGCAGCCCAGCAGCCUCCCGCAGAUCUCUCAGCUGUCUCCUCACCUGCCCCUUCUGCCACCCCAGCAUCCGCUCACCUCCGAGCCCACAGCCAGCGAGACGCUCGUCAGCAUCAGCAGCGAAUCAGAGACAGAGCACAGCACCCCGCGGCUGAAGAAACCCCGCCGCAGCCGCACCAUCUUCACUGAGCUGCAGCUGCUGGGCCUGGAGAAGAAGUUCCAGAAACAGAAAUAUCUCUCCACUCCAGACAGAUUGGACCUGGCUCAGUCUCUGGGACUCACACAGCUCCAGGUGAAGACAUGGUACCAGAACAGACGCAUGAAAUGGAAGAAAAUGGUGCUAAAAGGAGGACUCGAGGCUCCUACCAAGCCCAAAGGCCGACCUAAGAAGAACUCCAUCCCAACCACAGAGGAGAUCGAGGCCCAGGAACGGCUGGCGGCCAAACUAGCGGAGGAGGAGAUGCAACCAGCCGAAGUGGAAGAGGAGGUCUUCCAAUCUCAACCUCAAGAUCUCAGUACGUCCGCUACGUCUGAAUCCGUCUGUCCAGAAACCCCGGAGCAAAAACAGGCCCCUCCGUCUCCGUCAGAAGCAAUGACGACUAGCUAAACGCAGCCGUGCUGACGCACAACCAAAGACAGCUACUGAAAGACUUUGACGCUCUCUGGACUUGAGCAGUUGAACAGCUUCCCAAGCCUGAUUUUGAGUUGACGGUGGCCCCCAAAAGUGGUACUUUAGACACGCAAAAAUGUGUGAAUGUCAUUGCAAAACAACAGAACAUCAAACCAAGUGGCUUGUAUAACCAAAACAGAUAGAAUAAGCACACUUCUCGAUAAAACAUUUCACUGAAAUAAGCUUUUUUAGGUAUUAAAUGAUAAAACAACUGGACACUGUAUUUGGACGCAUUCUGGUUGUCAGACUGUGGAUCACGUUCAUACCUAGCUAACAAAAAA